AUGGCCGUCAACCUUGACAACAUUCCCGACGAUGUCCUUUUGGGUCUGCUCGCCGCCUGCGCUAUUGGCGACAGGCAGCGGACCUGCCGGAGACUCAAGACUCUCCACGACGACUCGGACACGCUGCAGUAUGAGCUAGAGCUCGUAGCUGCGGGGUUGAAAGAGUCGCCCCCGCUUGUCCCCGAGACCGUAUUCCGCCCUCCAGCAAGCAUGUCCCGCACAGGCAACGUCAUGGUCUGCCACACCGGCGCUCCCCACACCUUUGUGUACUACCCCAAGAAGGUGGAGCAGGAGACCUGGGCCCCCUGGCAGAAACAUCGGCCCGACAUUACUGUCCCCCAAUUGCCAGCUCCCGGACGUGGUGCUCUGUCGAUCAGGGAGAAGCGAGAGCGGCUCCGAGACCGCGAGGAACGGUGGCUAUCCGUUCUUCCUGCCGUCACUCGUACCAUGCGCUUUGAUGGGACUUUUAACCCCAACUGGAUGGUGUUCAACGGCGGGGUCAUGCUGCAGACAACGGGUUACCAGUUACCUCCGCCAUUGACCAUCCUCGGCGGCAUCAUCGGCCUGACGUGCGACCUCGACAAUGUCCAGGUGUUUGGAACAACCGUCGCGGCCAAGGUUGUAUUCUCCAAACGUGGCAGCGAGUUUUGCGUCCCCGUCAUUUACAUGUGGAACUGGGUUACGGGGGAGCUUUUUGGAGAAAUCGUCGGGCACCGAUCUCGCACCCAUGCCGACAACAUUGAGCUCCUGAGCGAGCGUACGGUGCUUAUCUGCAGCGGAAACUGGUUUGUUGGGGGCAAGGAAACCGUCCCCAUGUGCUUUGACAUCUGGACCAUCCCCGAGAACGAACCACUGGGUGACAAGUUUCCCGGGCAACCCGAUAUGGGCAAGUGGCCUCACCCAGGAGUGUGCAUUGUCCAUCUCGAUAUGCCGCGGCUCAAACAACAGUGCUACGAGAUCUGGAUUACGCCGUUACGGCAAGGUGCAGCGACACGCGCCGUCGGAGGAAGUCCGUUCGUCCCCGAUGACCAACGAGGUGUCAUUCGCGUAUCUUUCUGGGCGCGGAACCAGUACAACAUUUAUGUUCUCCGUGAGACGCUGCUCGAGAUGGCACGCGCGGGCGAGGAGCGUGUCCGAGGGCCGCUUCGCGAGCGUCUAACCACCGCGACGCUGAACGCGCUGUACAACGACCAUGGUCUGGCCUUGUGCAAUGUGCCUGGGUGUACCUGCACCUGGACGUUUGGUGGGUUCCGACCUGGGGCGCCUGUGGACCCAUGGCAGGGGAACGAUGAGCGAGGCCGCACAUUCUCGUCCACGCAUGACAAUCCCGUGCUCCGUCGAUACACAUGGAGCGCAUGGGGGCCAGAGAACUCGAGGAUGGCAUAUACAAACGAGGGACCGAAUACCGGUCAUGCCCGCAUCCUUCGCAAGUACGCGACUGCCGCGUACCGGGACGUGCUUGUUCACCUCGAUAGCGGGUAUGCCGCCAUCGAGGUGCGCGACUUUUCGCCAGCUCUCGUCGCCAAGGUCACGGCUGGUGAGCUGCCAGAGCUGCCGCCGGACGUCGAGGUGGCCGUGUCGGCGUUUGGCGAGCUGGUGGCCGACCAUGUCUGGGUUGACGAUGUCUUUACGUCGUUACCCUACGUAACCAUCACGCGUAGGCUGCGUGCAUCUCCGUUCAUACCCCAGGUGGGGCCGCAGCAGGUGCUGUCGCUCGUGGCGGCUGAUGAGCAACGGCUCUGCUACGGGGCAAUACAGAAGCUUGAUGGCGUGGACGGAGCCGGCGUUUCUGUGUACAAGACCGAGCUGAUGGUCUUGUGUAUGUAG